UAAGUGGUCUUCAGCCCUGGUUUGUUUGUGCGGGUGGAAUCUGUUGCACGGAGUAUUUAUCAACAAAUGGCUCAAGUUCGAGGUUCCUGCGAAAGGUUUUGUCCUGAUGGAGAGGCCAAAAUGCGCAUUCGCGAGAAACUCUUGCACUACUUCGAGCUGAAAAAUGGCCAGAAGAAUAACCCCGGAGUCCUGGUCAAGGAGUUUACUCGCUCCGCUGCCGAUGCCAAGAUGCCACUGCCCAAGGAAAUGCGCACAGAAGCUGCACUUACCAAAACAGUGGAAUAUCUGCUUAAGGACAUAAUCCUGGACACCCGGAAACCCUUUAAUCUGGCCUAUGAUUUCAUCUUUGAUCGAUUAAGAGCUGUGAGGCGGGAGAUCGUCAUCCAGAUGUACGACGCCCGCCAAAAAAUUCGGCUUCUGGAGCCCAUUGUGAUGUUUCUGGCCUACAGUCGCUAUCGGUUGUGCGAGGAGUCCAUCGAGAAGUUUGAUCCCAAGAUAUGCAAUCAGCAUUUGCAGGAGUGUCUCACAGGAGUACUCUGCUGUUAUGAUGAGCUGGAAGGGCAGGCAUCCUCUAAGGAACCUACAAUUCGGGAACUAGAGCGACGUUGCUUUAUAGAAAGCCUGUAUCAGGUGUUCAAUCUCGGCUCCCCUGAGUCCUUUGCACGAGCACUCACAUUACCGGAUUUUGUGCGUCAGGAUUCGAUCUUUAAGCUUUGUUUUGCCAUAUGCUUAGCCUUUCAACAGGGGAAUUUGUAUAGAGUGCUUAUGGGAUUUCCCCAGCUGCCACAUAUUCUAUGCGCCGUGGCAGCCACCAAAUUGCAGGCAAUAAGAAGGAGUUUGCUGCAGGUUUUCACGCAUGCCUACAACAACAAACAGCUCACAGUGCCGGUUCCUUACUUGUUGCGUUUACUGUUAAUCGAUUCGCCGGCUGGACUUCAGGAUCAGUGUCGGCAUUAUAAUAUUUCCUUAACUGGCGACAGGAAGGCGGUGCAAUUUAAUAAGACUGAUUUUAACCAAACCGCUGAGCUAUUGAAGCCCCAACUCGAGCGCUUUGUGGAGUCAAAACUCAAGCGUAUUUAUUUGCCGGAAGUUUUGUUGCUAAAGAAAUUAAACUAGUUUUUAGGCACUGUCAUAUACAUAGAUAUCAAUUGUAAAUAAAAAAAACCAUU